CCUAGCAGGAACAACCAAACGAAAAAAAAAAAACAAGUAGAAUAAUGACUUUUGUUUGUAGUACAGGUGUACUUGGUAUUUGAAUGUUGUCGUUUUUUGAAACACUUUUGUUUAACACUUAUUUUUUUUACUUGCGUUUAAUGUGGUAAUGUAAUAUAAUGUCCGCCUCAUUUUGUUCAUCAGGAAAGAAUAACCGUGUCGCCAUGAAGAUCUAAUGACUUGAGUUCUUCGGGCGUCUUAUUGAAACUAAUAUUUCCGAGUCACCUAAAUGUUAACUUGAAUAAUACGCCCGGGGCGCUGAAGGUAUUAUAUUCCUCAAGGAGAAGAUUUUUAUACUUUGCUGAAGAAACUUCUUCCCCGUGAAGAACCGAAGACUGCUAUCUUUAGGUCUCCAGGCGUUUUAUUGAAGAUAACAUUUUCAGUGCGUAUGGGUUGCUAACUUCAAUAAUACGUCCGGAGCGCUUGAGGUUGUCUUCUAGAAGAUUCACAAUAGAUGCAGAUAACUCAAAUCAAUGUUUACGUGAUUUUCGUUUUUUGUAUUUUAAAUGUAUAACUUUUCAGUGGUCGUUUCCGUCGUCGUUGAAUUUUAACUUUUAUGUGUCUGUGUUAUUUGUUUGUGUGUUUUGUAUUUUUGCCAUAUUUUUAAGUCCAUGUUAUUUGUGCUCUAACCCUUUUUAGAUUGUUAUUAUUUGAGAAUCAACUUAUCAAUCAAUCAAAGCUUGCGCUUAUCUAACUACUUAUAUGACGUGUUGUACUGAUGUCGAUCCUUGUUCUUAACAUGCAGUGGGUGACCCAAGGCACGGAGAUGUUCAACCAGAAGCCAGAGCGCGGCAUCGAGUUCCUGCAGGAGCAUGGAGUGCUGACCACGCCGCUAGACCCGCACGAAGUCGCCAUCUUCCUCAGAGAAAACCCGGAUUUGGACAAGAAAAUGAUUCGUGAAUAUAUCUGCAAGCGCUCGUCUCGCGGUGAAGACGAGGACGGUGGUCCCUCAGUCCUGGGCGCCUUCGCCGACAUCUUCGACUACGCCGGCUUGAGGAUCGACCAGGCUCUGCGACUGUAUCUGGAGACAUUCAGACUGCCCGGAGAAGCACCACUCAACUUCCUCGUUAUGGAACGAUUCGCUGAACGGUGGCAUAGCACGAACGGAGACCCAUCCGCGAAUACUGACGCGGCCUUCCGGCUGGUCUACUCCGUGAUCAUGCUGAACAUGGACCAGCACAACCACAACGCCAAGAAACUCAACGUGCCCAUGACCGUCGAGGACUUUGUCAAGAACCUCAGGGGGCUGAAUGGAUCUGAGGAUUUCGAUCAAAUCAUGCUUGAAGCUAUAUUCCAUUCUAUCAAGAACGAAGAAAUGGUGAUGCCAGCGGAACGUACCGGUCUUGUACGUGAAGCUUACCUCUGGCGCGUGCUGCAGCAUCGUGGCGCUGGUAACGGCACCCGCUACCGCGCAGUGCCCGCCCACCACCAGCACCACGCGAGGCUGCUCACUGUCGCCUGCCCGCCCACCUGGGUGACCCAAGCCACGGAGAUGUUCAACCAGAAGCCAGAGCGCGGCAUCGAGUUCCUGCAGGAGCAUGGAGUGCUGACCACGCCGCUAGACCCGCACGAAGUCGCCAUCUUCCUCAGAGAAAACCCGGAUUUGGACAAGAAAAUGAUUCGUGAAUAUAUCUGCAAGCGCUCGUCUCGCGGUGAAGACGAGGACGGUGGUCCCUCAGUCCUGGGCGCCUUCGCCGACAUCUUCGACUACGCCGGCUUGAGGAUCGACCAGGCUCUGCGACUGUAUCUGGAGACAUUCAGACUGCCCGGAGAAGCACCACUCAACUUCCUCGUUAUGGAACGAUUCGCUGAACGGUGGCAUAGCACGAACGGAGACCCAUCCGCGAAUACUGACGCGGCCUUCCGGCUGGUCUACUCCGUGAUCAUGCUGAACAUGGACCAGCACAACCACAACGCCAAGAAACUCAACGUGCCCAUGACCGUCGAGGACUUUGUCAAGAACCUCAGGGGGCUGAAUGGAUCUGAGGAUUUCGAUCAAAUCAUGCUUGAAGCUAUAUUCCAUUCUAUCAAGAACGAAGAAAUGGUGAUGCCAGCGGAACGUACCGGUCUUGUACGUGAAGCUUACCUCUGGCGCGUGCUGCAGCGUCGUGGCGCUGGUAACGGCACCCGCUACCGCGCAGUGCCCGCCCACCACCAGCACCACGCGAGGCUGCUCACUGUCGCCUGCCCGCCCACCGUAAGUACCGCCCACAUAACAACUACAACCUGUGGAUGGAUAAAAUAGGGAAUGAUAACGUUUGAGUGCAAACAUUUUUUGUCAUAAAUUACCAUACAAAAGGUAAAAAAAAA